AUGACUAUCGGAGAUCCCUUCAUGAACGACUCGUCCUCCAACUCGCCAACCAUUUUGGCGUCAAACUCGUCGCCAAACACCUCUUUCGGGCAUUACAACAACCAUGCUGACGCUGCGGGGGCUGGCAACGGCAACGGUAGCAAUGGCAGUCACGUGCACUUCAACUCCUCCCCAAUACCCUCGACGUACCAACGAAGCCGACAGAAGCUGUCGAACUCGCCUCUUGUCAGCGCCAGCCGGUGCAAAAGAAGAAACUCAGAGUCUGACGACAGGGUGAAGAAGCUAAAGCACUUUUCCAGCACGCCUGCACUCUCAAGCGGGGUUCCCGCGGAUCAAUUGACACUGCAAAACAUCAACCUCGAGGAGUACCCCAAGUUCAACCACCCGGACGGUGGAAUCAUCCAGUUCACUCCGAUCGGAAACAUCAGAACCUACAUGAACGACUGUAACGUGGUCCAGAGAACCAUCGAGAAAAACUCGUCCUUCGAUCUGAACCAGACCGACCGUGGAAUCGACGGAUACAAGCUCUAUCUCGGCUCAGUUUCAAUGGACUCCUCUCCCUCGAACGAAAUUGAAACAUAUAUGAGAAACGGCUACGGCAGCAAUAUACCCGCCCACAGCUCCCAUUAUGACAACCCUGCAUGCUGUACCUCCAGCUGCUGUGCCUCCAACUUCGACUAUGACUGUGACUCGGACCUCGAAGACGACGACGACUAUAUGAGCUGA